AUCUCAUGCAGUGACAAGAAGAACCAAGAUCCUUAGGCAGGGCAAAUAUGGCAAGGAAAUGUGACCCCCCACUUCAGAAGCUGCUGUGGAGAGUGACUUCUGUGGUGGGCUGAGGACCGACCAGCGUGCCCCACGUCGCACCUGGGCAGGAGGACUAUGAGAAGCACCCAGUCCCGAAGCCCUACCCAGGCCCACAUGGGCAAAUGAACAGCGGUGAGAAGCACAGGAAGAGCCGUUGGAUGGCUGACGUGUGACAACAUGCACCACCAGUGGCUUCUGUUGGCCGCAUGCUUCUGGGUGAUUUUCAUGUUCAUGGUGGCGAGCAAGUUCAUCACACUGACUUUUAAAGACCCGGAUGGAUACAGCACCAAGCAGGAGCUUCUGUUCCUGACAGCUGUGCCGGAAGCGGGGAGGUCGGCAGAAGAGAAGCACUUUCCUGGGGAACUGAAGCCGACGGGGAAGAUGCUUGGCGACAGCCAGCCUGUGCAGCCCCUGGUCUACCUGGAGCGCCUGGAGCUCAUCCGGAACGUGUGCAGGGAUGAGGCCCUGAGGAACCUCUCGCACACGGCCGUCUCCAAGUUUGUCCUGGACCGAAUAUUUGUCUGCGACAAACACAAGAUUCUUUUCUGCCAGACUCCCAAAGUGGGCAACACGCAGUGGAAGAAGGUGCUGAUUGUGCUCAAUGGAGUCUUCCCGUCCAUCGAGGAGAUCCCGGAGAAUGUGGUGCACGACCAUGAGAAGAACGGCCUCCCACGCCUCUCCUCCUUCAGUGAGGCCGAGAUCCAGAAGCGAUUGAAAACAUACUUCAAGUUUUUCAUUGUAAGAGAUCCUUUCGAACGACUCAUUUCUGCCUUUAAGGACAAGUUUGUGCACAACCCCAGGUUUGAACCUUGGUACAGGCAUGAGAUUGCCCCGGGUAUCAUCCGGAAGUACAGAAAGAACCGGACAGAGACCCGGGGGAUCCAGUUUGAAGAUUUUGUACGCUACCUGGGUGACCCAAACCACAGGUGGCUUGACCUUCAGUUUGGGGACCACAUCAUCCACUGGGUGACAUAUGUGGAACUGUGUGCACCCUGUGAGAUCAAGUACAGUGUGAUUGGACACCAUGAGACGCUGGAGGAGGAUGCCCCGUACAUCCUUCGAGAAGCCGGUAUCGACCACCUGGUGUCCUACCCAACCAUCCCUCCAGGCAUCACCGUGUACAACAGAACCAAGGUCCAGAGCUACUUCCUGGGCAUCAGCAAACGGGACAUCCGGCGCCUGUACACACGCUUUGAGGGGGACUUCAAGCUCUUUGGGUAUCAGAAACCAGAUUUUUUGCUAAACUAAUGUGUAGGAUCUGUGAAUGCAGAUAUCUAUAUUAGUGCAGCAGACAACCAGAUGGAGAUCUGAGUGCAGGAAGGGCUGUUCCCGGUCAUACCCCUGCUUAAGAGACUCCCUCAAUAUUUGGUCCUGGGAGCAAGCGAGGCUGUACCCUGGCAGCUCCACCUGGCUUAGGUAUAAGAUGCUGAGGGCUCCGCCCACCUGAGCUGUAUCAUCAGGACACCAGUGGCGCUUGCCAUUUCCCAGAAGAAAGGUGACGCAGCAUCAGGAGUUGUCUGAGUGGGAGUCACGCCUGUGGCUGUCCUGGCUGGACCUAGUGGUCACAUUAGUCACUGGUGAAUGGCAGGAACAGAGGACACCAAACAGGAGAGAUGGAGAAACUGAGGCACAGCAGACCCUCUUGAGGCUCAUGGAGGAUCAAAUCUAGGUCAUGGAAUGACAUCUCUGCUGCUCGUCCUCGUUGCCAAAGCUGUGUGCCAAGCACCCCUCUCAUCAGCAUAGUUUUGGGAGGUGCGGGGGAGGAGAUUCUUUCCACCUGAGCAGGGGACUCUGGGGCCUGAGAAGGAACACGGCGUGGGAGGCCGCUGCAUCCUGCCUUGCACGCUUCCUGUCCUGAGUGACCGUUGAGGUGGGCAGCGGGGCUCCCACACCUCCCUCCGGUGCUCCUCCCUCCUCAGCGGGGAGAAGGAGCUGGACAUCCUUCUGAUAGAACGACUGGAGGAAACCAGACGUUGGGGAGUGCAUGGCAGCUUCAUGGGAUUCUCUGGCCUCCACCAUCCCAGCAGCUGCUCAUCUCCGCUAGGUGGCCGCCCCCAGACCCUUUUCUGAUCAUGCCAGUGUGCUGGACGAAGUGGCCAGGAGUUGGGUAACCAAGUUCACCAGCAAUAAAGCCUCCAGCGAGGUGCGCUGCAGGCGCAGAGCAGCAGAGUAAGAAGCAAGCCACCGUGGCUGUUCCAGACCGUGUCCCCGAGAGUUGGUGGCACUCACGUCUGUACUGACUGUGAGCCCAGCCUGGGAGGAGGGAGCCGGGCUGCCUCCCCUUCUCAGAUUUGUAAAUGUGAGAGCAAAAUAAAAUUUAAAAUUCGUGCCAAUCCGGACGUGUGCUGCAGCUCCAGGGCAAGGUGCUUCGGUUCGUGUGUGACGCCCCCCCAGGCCUGGUGACAGGGACAGGACUGGACAGAAGCGAGACUCAGCCCUUUGCCCUCGACGGUUGUGCCAAGGAUGUGACGAUGAGUUACUUUUCUAUAACUCUCUUUUCAGCGAUGUCUCCUUAAAACCAUGUCGGACCUGAUGAGCUGAUCGAUUACCUCCUUCCUCUUUGAAAAGUCACAGUGUGAGAAAUGUAUGUGAAUUUAAGGCCUUAAAGUUAGUCCUAAUUAAAAUAGCUUUUUCUCUCAGAAGCAAAA